AUGCAGUUUCGCCUCUUCUCCUUUGCUCUCAUCAUCCUGAACUGUAUGGAUUACAGCCACUGCCAAGGCAACCGAUGGAGACGCAGUAAGCGAGCUAGUUAUGUAUCAAAUCCCAUUUGCAAGGGUUGCUUGUCUUGUUCAAAGGAUAAUGGGUGCAGCCGAUGUCAACAGAAGCUGUUCUUCUUUCUUCGACGAGAAGGGAUGCGUCAGUAUGGAGAGUGCCUGCAUUCCUGCCCAUCAGGGUACUAUGGACAUCGAGCCCCAGAUAUGAACAGAUGUGCAAGAUGCAGAAUAGAAAACUGUGAUUCUUGCUUUAGCAAAGACUUUUGUACCAAGUGCAAAGUAGGCUUUUAUUUGCAUAGAGGCCGUUGCUUUGAUGAAUGUCCAGAUGGUUUUGCACCAUUAGAUGAGACCAUGGAAUGUGUGGAAGGAUGUGAAGUUGGUCACUGGAGCGAAUGGGGAGCUUGUAGCAGAAAUAAUCGCACAUGUGGAUUUAAAUGGGGUCUGGAAACCAGAACACGGCAAAUUGUUAAAAAGCCAGCAAAAGACACGAUACCAUGCCCAACCAUUGCAGAAUCCAGGAGAUGUAAGAUGGCCAUGAGGCAUUGUCCAGGAGGAAAGAGAACACCAAAAGCAAAGGAGAAGAGGAACAAGAAGAAGAAGAGGAAGCUGAUAGAAAGAGUCCAGGAGCAACACAGUGUCUUCCUAGCUACAGACAGAGCUAACCAGUAA